AUGCAAAAGGCCAUCGUCAUCCAAACUAUCUCGGAGCCCGCACGGCUUGUCGAGCGAAGUAUCCCCGAGCCAGGCAAGAACCAAAUUUUGCUGCACGUCACAGCUGCUUCGCUGAACCCGCUCGACCAGAAGACGCGCGAUGUGGGGUUGUUCUUCAAGCAAUCCUCCCAGGUUUUAGCUCAUGAUAUCGCUGGCGAAGUGAUACAAUUGGGGCCGGACCAAAAUCCCCCCAAAUUCAAAGUCGGGGACCAUGUUUUUGCACACGCAAAUUUCGUCCCGGGCAAAGCCUUGACCGAUUGUGGCGGUCUCCAGCAGUACGCCAUCGUGGAUGCUCGCUUUGCGGCCAAACUUGACGCAGCGGGACUCACAGACAACGAGGCAGCCACGAUCCCUGUGUGCGCAAUGGCGGCCUUUAUUGCCCUUUUUCAUUCAACCGGGCUCGGGAUCCGUAUUCCAUCACCUCAACUGGUUAUCUCCCAAUCGAUAAGUUGCUCCGCGGACGACAGCAAGGCAAUCCUUGUCAUCGGCGGGGGAUCAAACUGUGGCCGAUUUGCAAUAGCGUUUGCUCGGAUGUGUGGAUUUGAACAGAUCAUCACGGUCGCAGCCCGAAGAACGGCGGUUGAAUUGCGGGAAUUAGGCGCAACACAUGUUAUUGACCGACAUGCAAGUCGCGACGAUAUUGUCCGUCAAGUGCGGGAAAUCGCAGACGACGGGUUGGUCUACGCCCUCGAUACGGUGAACAUAGGGCCAGGACAAGAACUAGGACUCGCCGCGCUAUCAAACUCGAAAAGAGGUUGCUUGAUCACACUUAACCCGGUCAAUGAGAGAGACCCAGAGCCGUCUUUCAUUGGUAAGAAGAUAGCUGGAUACGAAAGGCGCCUAACUUUUGGAUUUAGUGCACUGUACCCGGAAGUGUCUACAACGUUUUGGAAUCAUAUUCCAGCGUGGGUAACGGCGGGAUAUAUUCGUCCCCUACAAUACGAGGUUGUGGAGGGGCUGGAUGUGGUGCGAGUUAACCACGUUUUAGAUCAGUAUCGUGAGGGUCAAGGACAAAAAACGGUUGUACGGCCUUAA